UUACAUUUUUAUUCAUUAUCUUAAAAAUGACAUCAGUCGAAACGCGAGGUUGAAUAGAACGCAGUUAGGUGAUUGCGAUAAUCUAAGAAAUGGCAGAAAACAAGGAACAGCCACCUAGUGUCAGAGUACGAGAUCUCAUCUCUGCAUAUGAAAGUAGAACAAAUGCAUCUAUUAGAGUUGAGAACCUUCGACCAAGAGCGAAGUCGUUAGGAAACAUUUUGGGAAAAAAUGUAGUAGUGAGAACGAACGAAGUGGCAACAUUGGAAGAUGUGGAAACUGAAUUAGAUACAUUCAGAGUAAAUUUAAGUAAAUACACUGUAUAUAGCAAAGAAAAACAUGUUGAGUUGCAAAAUCAAGUAUUCAACAUAUUGACCAGCAUUGGCAAUAUCAAAAGUAAUGACGAUGACGACCUCAUCAAGAGAAAAAAUCUUACAACGAUAACUUUGGGCAUGGUUUCUUCUCUCAACCAGAAAUUACCUUCAAAUAAUGCACCAACUGAACGAAAUAUGAAUAAAUAUGUCCCGUAUGACGAGUUCAAAGAGAAAAGUAGAAAAAAUCAAUUGGAACGUGGUCAAGAACAACCUUCACAAAAUCAAAUUCUUACUACCUCUGAGUUUUCCAACUUUGACUUGUCCGAUUCUGAAAAAAUAAUAUCAGAUAAGUCAGAAACUUCUGUAAAAAAACUGAGAAAACAUUUUCAAUCAGAAAACGAGAUUUUGCCAAUACCUGUAAGUCAGAAUGAGAAAACACAAAGUCAAAAAGAAGAAUACAAAACCGAAUAUUCACUAACUCUUGUGAGCAAUGAUGAACAGGGUGUAAAAGAUUUGGAUGCAGAAACAGAUACUCCUGAUGCAGUGGUAGAACAUACAUAUCAGAAAAAGACUGAAAAAGAAACGAAUUUGUCCGUUUUUAAAUUGAGGGUAUUAUAUGAAAAAAAGUCGGAGGAGAGUUCCAGAGGGCUUUCACUAAUUUUCAAGAAUGAUACGUCAGAAAACCAUCGGUUCAGAUAUAAAGUAGAUAUUCCCUAUCUUGAGAAGCAGGAAAAGGUGAAUAAUUUCAGUAAUACUUCCGGCUAUGAUCGUGAUAACAUUGAAAAUGAUGAUAACUCCGCACCAAGUCUCACUGAUUCAAAUUACAUGACAGCUUAUAGCUCUAUUGAUGGAUAUGAGAGUGAUAGCGAAAAGGAUUCAGAAACGAAUAGCGGAACUAGUUCACUAGAAAGCACAGGUAGUGUUAGAGAAGUUUUUUCCACUGAAAUGACUCCAGUUGAAGAUUCAUGAAAAAUAAUAAUUUUAACCGAAGAAUGAGAUAUGUCACGGUAUAUCCUUUCGUUUCAUGAAAUGAAUAAUUUUCUCACUGAUACAAUUUUUGCAUAUCUUUAACCCUAUUAUUUUUACUAUUAUUAGAUUAUAUUAACAUUAUUGAAGAGAGUAACUUCCUCAACACGUAUAAACUCAAACUUGAAAUCUUGUAAAGAGAGAGAUAUGAAAGUUGUGUUAGGUAAUGAUUCCAUAAACACAUUUGAACAUGCUUCUAAUAGUUUGCAAUGUAUUUAGUAACAUAAAAAAACAUCAUUUCAAAAAUACACAAUCAAAUCUUAUCAAAAACAUUA